GGGACAGGAAGCCCCGCUCCGCUCGCCCGGUGGCUCCAUCCCGCUCCGCUCCACCCCGCCCCGCCCCGCCUCCUUCUCCCGAAGCUCCUCUUCACCCAGCCCCAGACUCCUCGUCCUGCUCCUCCCAUCUCCUCCCCUUUUCCGCCCGACCGCUCACUUCCUGGCCCUCCCUCGGGUCCCGCUCCAGGACACAGGUCGCGAGACUCCUCCCGCGUGAAGGCUCCUAUUCUGUCUCCUAGCAGACAGGGCAGGCGAGAGAAAGCGCCUUUGUUCGUACAUGCGUGUCUAUGUAACUGCGUGCUUACGUGAGUACGGAAGCCAUACACACCGGAAAUCAAGGGCUUCAGUGUUUGUGGGCGCGACUGGACUAAGGCCAACCGGCGCCGUCACCUGACAGCGGUCCCGGUGGCGGACUACUGUCCUGCCUGGUGGCCGCUGCCCGGCCAUCCCAAAAAAGCGCCCGCGACUCGCUCUACUUGCAGGAGGGUGGGACCUGCCUCGUGCACAGACGGUACCUCCGGGCGCGGGUUUCCAGGCUCUGGGACCAGAUGCCCCUGCCAGGGGACCGAGCCGGACCUUCCGGUUCCCUCCACGGCCACAGUCCCCGCCUGCUUUCCUUCCACGUGAAGACGCACAGACAAGCAGGCGGAAGAGUGUUUUCACCUCUGGCCACCAAGCAGGCACCCUUGCUUUGAGUGGUGGGAAAGCUUGAGCCCCUUCUUGCUCAGGGAUUCCACCCACACAGGUCAUGCCAAGGUACUUGGGAUUGAGACUCCAGCACCUGAAUUUGAGGGGACACAAUGUGACACCUCACACCCUACAAAGGCUCUGAGCCACGUGAGGCCCUAGGAGCCCUGGGAGAUGAAGUUCGGCUGUCUGUCCUUUCGACAGCCUUAUGCAGGUUUCAUCUUAAACGGUGUCAAGACCCUGGAGACGCGGUGGCGGCCCGUGCUACGUGGCCACCAGCACUGUACCUUGGCAGUCCACAUCGCUCACCGGGACUGGGAGGAUGCAGCCUGGCGGGAGCUGCUGGAGCAGAGGCUGGGGAUGAGCCCCGCCCAGAUCCAGGCCUUGCUGCAGGACGGGGACAAAUUCGGCCGUGGAGUGAUUGCAGGUCUCGUGGACAUUGGGGACACUUUGCUGUGCCCAGAAAACCUAGAUCCUGAAGAGGUGGAGGAGCUGGAGAAUCAAGCCCUGUUGCCUGACUUGCGACAGAAGUACCUGACUGUGCUCACCAAUCCCCGCUGGCUGUUGCAGCCCAUCCCUGGAAGGGGCCGGAAGGACAUCUUCCUGGUGGACAUCCCCCAGCACCUGAUCCCCCUUGGGCAGGAGGCCUGUCCAAGCUGGGCUUUCAAAAGGUGACCAAGAGACCAGCACAUGGUGACACUAUCCAGUCACCAUUGCACCCUGGAUGUGCCCAUCUGGUUCAGUCUGAAUUGGCCCCAUCUUGGGGUGUUCUGCCAAUUUGGUGUGGGUCGGGGUGCUGGGACACCUCUCGUGCAGUGCUGCUCUGGACUCAGUGAGAGUCUGCAGGAAUUUGACCUUUACGAUAGAUAAGAUGGUGUCGCCACUUGUUUUGGCCCUGCUGUGUCUGGGUGGUUGAGAGAAACGUGUUGUUAGGAAACCGCUUAGUGUUUUUCCUCUCUGCUCUGGUCCAAACUCCCCGACGUUGGAACAGUGACCAGGGGGUGAUGGGGGAAGGCUGGGGACUGGGCUGUGCGUCAGCAGGUGGAGAGGCAUCCAGCACACAGAGAGGCCCACAGGCCCAGAAACAAGCCCCUGGAUCGGGAGCUAGAGAUACUCAGCUGCUGAUCAGAAACUUGUGGCAUCAUUGGGGACCCUUGAGGAGCCCCUUCUGCUUCAGGGUGCAAGACUCAGGGAAAGUGACACCCCCAAGGUCAGGAGCCUGGCUGGGCCAUCUGCUAAGUGGCAGGCAAGGCCCAGGGACCAGCCUGUCCUGGGCUCACCUCAGCGCUCAUCCUA